GAAACUCCCGAAACCAAAAACCCUAAGCAGAGCUCUCGAAGUAAGAAGGAAGGAAAGGCGAUUUGCUUCAUCCAAAUCUUCGACUCAUAAAACCAUGGCUACGAUACCGGUUAACCCAAAGCCGUUUUUGAACAACUUAACCGGAAAGACGGUUAUUGUUAAGCUCAAAUGGGGAAUGGAAUACAAAGGUUUCCUUGCCUCUGUUGACUCCUACAUGAACUUGCAGCUGGGAAACACGGAGGAAUAUAUUGAUGGACAAUUGACAGGAAACCUUGGAGAGAUCUUGAUCAGAUGCAACAACGUUUUGUAUGUCCGAGGUGUGCCAGAAGAUGAAGAACUCGGAGACUCUGAACAAGACUAGUUUGUACCAAGGAAAGUAGAAAUCGCCACUCUGUUUCAAGUCUUGAUGUAUUAUUCUAUGAGCAUUUUAACCCAAGUUUGCUGUUCUUGAAUCUUUUGAUAUGGUUGAUUAACUUUCAAACUAAAACGUCGCAAGCUGUUUAGCUCUUUAUGAGAAAUCAAACUUCUUUCCGGUUUUCUGUUAUUGGGAAGGAAUGCUUGUCGUUUUAACUAUCUUUAUUAGACCUUAAUCUACGGCCCACUAUGUGGUGCC